AAUAAAUACGUCUAUCGGCAUCCAAUCUAGCUGCUUUUACCUGCACAAUCGCUCGUGCAGUCAUUUAAACCGCUCGCCGCACAUUCCAUUCGUGUGUCAGUAAUCAGAGGCAUUACAUUCGCGCUUGUUCGAAAACGUUAACAUGAAGCUGUACGCGGUAUCUGACGGUCCCCCAUCUUUGGCCGUUCGUAUGGCCCUGGAGGCUCUCAAUAUUCCCUAUGAGCACAUCAGCGUUGAUUACGGCAAAGCCGAACAUAUGACCGACGAGUAUGAGAAGAUGAACCCGCAGAAAGAAAUUCCGGUGUUGGACGAUGGCGGAUUCUUCCUGAGCGAAAGCAACGCCAUUUUGCAGUACCUUUGCGAAACGUAUGCCUCCUCGGGCGAGCUGUAUCCGAAGGACCCGAAGGAACGCGCCGUGGUGAACCAUCGGCUGUGCUUUAACCUAGCGUUCCUUUAUCCGCAAAUAUCGGCCUACGUUAUGGCGCCGAUUUUCUUCGACUACCAACGCACGGAUAUGGGUUUGAAGAAGCUUAAUAUAGCGUUGGCUGCUUUCGAAACGUACUUGAAGCGCGCCGGUACGAAGUAUGCUGCUGGCGAUUCUCUCACGAUCGCCGACUUCCCGCUGGUUACGUCGGUAAUGUGCCUGGAAGCGAUCGCGUUCAACAUCGGUGAGAAGUAUCCGACUAUUCAGCAGUGGUACACUGGGUUCAAGAAUGCUCAUCCGACCCUGUGGGCCAUCACGGCAAAGGGCAUGGCAGAGAUUGCCGAGUUUGAGAAGAACCCGCCGGACCUUACCGGAAUGGUACACCCGAUCCAUCCGAUUAGAAAGGUGGGAACAAAAUAAAAUGCUCAGUUUUUUUGUUGUUUUCAAACAUGCAUUUAAAAAUAAAAUGCUAAGAAUUCUUCUAAAGGAAAAUAAAGAAUUUAAAAUUCAGCAAAUAC